AUGUCGAGACUGUCAAUACGUGCAUACCUAGCAGCUGCGAAGCGUCAUUUGCAGAAGGUUCUGAAAGAGCAAAGUCAUGCUUCGUUCGUGAUUGGCAACGAAUCUGCAGAUCUCGACUCCAUCACAUGUGCUUUAGUUUACAGCUAUAUUCUUUCCGAGAAGCUUGAGGCGAAGAAGUCGGGAAAAUACGUUAUACCAGUCACGAAUAUUCCAGCAUCGGAGCUACGACUACGACCGGAGUUGAAAGCACUUCUCAAGCAUGCCGAUAUCAAGCUUCAAGAGCUCAUCACACUUGACGAUCUUGAGGAGGAGCCACUACCAAAGGACAAGACGGACUGGACUUUGGUCGAUCACAACGCUUUGCAGGGUGAACUUGGCGAGCUGUACCACUCGCGAGUGAUCGGUGCCAUCGAUCAUCAUGUCGACGAAGGCACAGUCUCCAAGGAUGCCGAACCAAGAGUCAUCACGAAAGCUGGCAGUUGCAACAGCCUUAUGAUCAACUACAUCCGGGACACGUGGCAAAAGAUCUCAGAUUCUGCAAUGACUGUCGGAGCUGCACAUCCCCAAAACAAUGAGACUCUGGUCGAUGACUUUGCCUACACCUCCACGUGGGACGCACAAGCGGCGAAGCUAGCUUUGGGCUCGGUGUUGAUCGACACAGUCAACAUGAAGGCGGAGCAUAAAGUCACCGAGCACGACAAGAAGGCUGUCAGAUUCCUCGAGGCGAAAAUCAACAUCUCGAAACUGGGCAAAGACUAUGACCGUGAUACGUUCUUCACGGAGGUCAACGAAGCGAAGAAGGACCUCGACGAGCUGACCGUCGAGGAAAUUCUUCGCAAAGAUUACAAGCAAUGGACCGAAGGUGACCUCACGCUCGGCAUCAGCAGUAGUGUCAAGUCUAUCGAAUACCUUGCAGACAAAGAGAAAGACUUCGAGAGCACGUUGAAGAAGUAUGCCAAGUCAAGAGGUCUUCAGCUGUUCGCGAUAGGUCCCUCUUACAGCGACUCUGGCAACUUUAAACGUGAGCUGCUGCUCAUGGCGUUUAAUGGCAAGGCCAAAGAAGCAGCCGAGAAAUUUGUGAAGCUGGGAAAGGAGGAGCUGCAGUUGGUCGAUGCCAAGCACUCACCUCUGAAGGACGACAAGGAGGUUACGUUCCAGCAUUUCUGGGAUCAGAAAAACUUAGAUGCGAGUCGAAAGCGGAUCGCCCCGCUUCUGCGUGAGGCCAUGGGGGCGGAUAAGGAGAAGCUGUGA